UGUAAUAGGAUAAAUUAUUUAUUUGGGUUCAAACCAAUUAUCAAACACACAAUAUAUUAAUUGCUUAAAAAAGUUGUUCGUUUGACCUAAUUUCCUAUAAAGUUUGAUUUUUUGUAGAGCAUUCACUGAUCGUGGUCAUCGACUACUCCCGCAAUCUCAAUUUUUUUUCGCACUGCACCGGAGUGUGCAAAUACCGAAGGCAUCGGUGGGGUCAGUCUCUGUGCCAGCACCACAUGCUCCGCAUCAUACCCCCCCUCGCUGGUCCGUACGUCCGGCUGUUCGUUCAUCCGCCCGCGUGUCCACAAGUCCCAGCGUCUGCCGGGCGGUUCGAUAGUCACUAGUCGGACUGGUACUGGUCCGGGUGCCUGCCUCAGUGUGGCCGGUAUCGUGCUCAGAGCUUUUUGGUGGCUCCGCAACCAGUUUGCUGGCAACGAUCGUCCUUUGCGCUCGUGCGCGUUCCCGCGGUAGGUGCUCGUAGCCGCAAUCUUAACCCAAAACAGAACUGGAGCGACAUCGAAUCAAAUGCGAAGUGUGGCGAACUGCGAACUGCAAAUUGUGAACUGCAAAUUUGAAAAUUCUGUUUCUGUUUCUGGGCUGUGCAAAGUCUGAAAAUAUCUUUAGUAUGUGCGCGAAUCCAAGUCAAUUUGUUUGUGUUUCCAGAUAACAAAUAAUAUUUUUACCGGCUCCUCCACUCUAUCUCUCUCACCGCUCACUCUCACUCUCGAUCCGAACUGUUCGCUCUCGCGCUCGCUUGCAUAACCCAGAGUGUAGAACACCACGACAGAAGUUUGCAAUUGCAAUUGCAAAAAAAAAGAAAGAUACAAAUGCUGAUGCAGAUGCAGAUACGUCCAGAGAUAUGUACAAAGAUGCAGAUACUUUUGCCACUGCCUGUCUGCCUGUCCCAUUGUCCCCCCGGUGCUUAGGACCUCGUAGUGAAAAGUGAAACAAAGGAUUCUAUAACUAAAAUAAUCCUCAAUAAUCUAUAGACAAGUAUAAAUAAACUCCAAUCUACUUAAUGCUAUCAAUAAUCAAAAUCAAGGCUUAGACUUUACCUCCUCAACUUCUCAAAUAAUAAAACUAUAUAAGAAACAUAUUGGAAAUACCAGGACAUCUUCUUUAGAAGCUAAUGCUUACCUUGCAGAAAAUGCAUUUGAAGUUGGCCUAAAGGCAUAAUUAAGAUACUUGGACACUCGCUAACCUAACCUCUGAAAAGGACAUCAGAAUCUGCAGACAUGGUUUCGGAGGAGAACUGGAACAGCGACACCAUGUCCGACUCGGACAUGAUCGACUCAAAGAACGAUGUGUGCGGCGGUGCCUCGAGCUCCAGCGGCAGCUCCAUCUCACCCAGGACGCCGCCCAACUGUGCCCGCUGCCGUAACCAUGGGUUAAAGAUCACCCUGAAGGGUCACAAGCGGUACUGCAAGUACCGCUAUUGCACCUGCGAGAAGUGCCGCUUGACCGCGGACCGGCAGCGUGUGAUGGCCCUGCAGACGGCUUUGAGGCGAGCCCAGGCCCAGGACGAACAGAGGGCGCUGCACAUGCACGAGGUGCCGCCGGCGGCAACGGCCACCACCACACUAUUGGGACAUCAUCACCAUGUUGCCGCCGCUGCCGCUGCUGCUGCUGCUCCCGCCCAUGUCCACGCCCAUGCCCACCAUGUACAUGCCGCACACCAUGCCCACGGACACCAUGCGCACCAUGGCCAUGUAUCGCUCCAUCAUCAGCAGGCGGCGGCAGCGGCAGCAGCAGCAGCAGCGGCGGGUGCUGCUCCGGCAGCUCCGCCAUCGCAUCUGACCGGAGCCACAGCGGCCUCCAGCCUGCAUGGUCACGCCCACGCUCACCACGUGCACAUGGCCGCUGCCGCAGCCGCCUCGGUGGCCCAGCAACAGCACCUGCAACAGCACCAGAGUCACCCACAUUCGCACUCGCACGCACACUCGCACCAUCACCUCCAGCAGCAGCAGCAGCAGCAGCAUCUCCAGCAUCCCCAGCAGCCGGCGCAUCAGCAGACCGCGCUGCGAUCUCCGCCGCAUAGCGAGCAUGGUGGCAGUGUGGGUCCGGCUACCAGCAGUUCCGGCGGAGGCGGAGCAGCGGCCAACUCAAAUAGUGCCACAGCAGCGGCUACUUCUAGUAGCGGUUCUAGUAGCAGUAAUAACGGUGCCGGCGGUGGAGCUAGCUUAGGAUCAGGACCGGGAUCAGUAGGACCAGGAGGAGGAGCCGGUGGCGGCCGGGUCGGUAGUAAUGGUACCUCGGUUAUUACCAGCGCCGAGCAUCACAUGAGCACGGUGCCAACGCCUGCCCAGUCGUUGGAGGGCUCCUGCGACUCAUCUUCGCCCUCGCCAUCGUCUACUUCCGGUGCCGCCAUUUUGCCGAUCUCAGUUUCCGUCAAUCGCAAAAAUGGCGCCAAUGUGCCCUUGGGCCAAGACGUUUUCCUAGACUAUUGCCAAAAGCUAUUAGAGAAAUUCCGCUAUCCCUGGGAACUGAUGCCGCUCAUGUAUGUGAUAUUGAAGGAUGCAGAUGCCAAUAUUGAGGAGGCUUCCCGGCGAAUCGAAGAGGCUCGCGUGGAAAUAAACCGCAUUUUAGCCCCGAUAUAUUACAACUACUACACCCCUAUGGCGCUGGUGAAUGGAGCGCCCAUGUACCUGUACCCGAGCAUCGAGCACGGGCGCUACGGAGCUCAGUUCACCCACCUGCCGUUCACCCACAUCCGUCCGCCGACGCCAGAGCCGUUGGCCCUUAGCCGCUCGCCAAGCAGCCCCAGCGGACCGGCGACCAAUCUCCACCCAAAGCACUCACCGACAAGGUCACGGCCGGGCAGCAGCAUCAGUACCGUACACUCCAUCGCCUCGCCCACCAUGGUGACAACGAUGGCCACCACCUCCUCCACGACGCUUACGCUUAGCCGGCGACCCAGGUCGCGUUCGACAUCGCCAACGACGCCUACAACGCCGCCGCCGGCGCAUAGCAGCAGCAAUGGAUCAUACCAUCAUGGUCAUCAUCUGGUCAGCUCCACGGCUGCCACGUAGCAGUAUCGCAACGUUGCUGCCGCCGUGGCAGCAGCGGCAGCGGCGGCUGUCCUCUUUGUCGAUAACUAAAAAUCAUAAGCGAAUUCGCUGGAAACCAUAUGAGAACGGAUGAUCCUAACUUACCGAACGUGACAAAAAGAAAACCCCCGACUUCCGCAGAAAUGUUAUUUAAUAUCUAACCAGGCUUUGGCAUAAUUCCAACGAAAUGUGAAAAUAAUAAAUACCUAGAGUAUAAAACAUGUAAUACCCGAAAACAUUUUCAAAUUGAUCUCAAAAACUUAAAAUAAUAACACAAUUCUUAGAGAUUGUAAAGAGCUCGUUGGUGAGCGUACUUAUUACAAAUCAAACUGUUUACUAUUUCGUAUGCGCAUGUAUUGUAUAUAACAUAGUUAAUUGAAGCUUCCCUGCAAGAAUAAUCAAGAAUCUUAUACCAAACUGCACAAAAUCAAAAUAUUAAGGCACACGAUUAUUAAACAACUAAUAGAACUAUGAUCAUGAUCACUUUAAAUCGGAACGAUACUUGUUCGACAAAGGAAUGAACUUAAUUCAAAUCCGUUCCUUAUAUUCCGAUAAAAGUGUUUAAUAGAUACGAGAUUAUCAGCACGAACCAUAAAGGAUAUACCAAAGACCUUAAAAUAACAAGAUAUCCAACGUCAUACGAUUUGCAUUCAAACCACAUCUAAAUCUUUUUAUAAUAAGGUCUUUGUUUAUACCUUAAAUUUCCUAAAAAAAUACAUUACGGUUUCUUUGGCUGUGCGCUGCAAUGUGAAGAAAGCAUCCUGCGGUUUAUUAUUGUUUCGUAAGAACUGAUCUGGCUGAUCCGAAAGUAGUGUAGCGUACUGUUUUAAGCUUAAAGU